GGCAGCCAAUGGCACGGAGCGAGGUGCUGCCUGCGGCGGCCGGGCGGGGAGCAGAGGAGGAGGCAGCAGGCGCUGCUCGUCGCUCGCUCCCCGGCUCCGGGCGCUCCUGAGCCGCGCCCUCGGUCCCCUGCCCCGCCGGUACCUGCAGCAUGGACUCGGACUCCGGGGAGCUCAGCGAAGGCGAGCUGGUCUCACCUGCAGGUCCUGAUUGUUUCAGUUCCAAGAAUCUUGCACUGCAAGCCCAGAAAAAGAUCCUGAGUAAAAUGGCAACCAAAACCAUGGCUAACAUGCUCAUCGACGACACAAGCAGUGAAAUCUUUGAUGAGCUGUACAAGGUGACGAAGGAACACACCAGAAACAAAAAGGAAGCCCAUAAAAUUAUGAAAGACCUGAUUAAAGUGGCAAUAAAAAUUGGGAUCCUCUAUCGAAACAAUCAGUUCAACCAUGAAGAGAUGGAAAUUGUAGACAAGUUCAGGAAGAAGCUGAACCAAACUGCCAUGACAAUUGUCAGUUUCUACGAGGUAGAAUACACUUUUGACAGAAAUGUUCUUGCAGAACUUCUGAACGAGUGUAAAGACCUUGUGCAUGAACUAGUGGAUCGGCACCUGACACCGAAAUCCCACGGGCGCAUCAACCACGUCUUCAAUCACUUUGCGGAUGUGGAAUUUCUAACUGCCCUGUACAGUCUUGAUGGGGAUUGUCGGCCAUACCUCAAAAAGAUCUGUGAUGGCAUCAACAAACUACUUGAUGAGAAGAUCCUUUGAAACUGCUCAGAAGCAAGAAACCAGCCAAAAACUUCUGUCUAGAACUGGCCACCCUUCAUGAGCCACGGCGAGCACGCGAGCCUCCUUCCCGCCCUUCUUACUGCAGCCCCCAGCAGGAGCCAGAAAGUUCUCACUUGGCUCAUGAUGAAGUGGCAAACCUAAACCAGAAAGCUACCAAUUUUAAUGUUUUGUUCACAGACAAUUGAGUCUUUUCCAAGGCGUGGCAUGAAAAAAGCUGCUGAUAUAUAUUGUUCAGAAAUAGAUUGCUGUACAUCGUGAUCGUACUAGCUUUGUGGUCAAAGCUGAACGCGUGAAAAGAAAGUAAGCUCAAACGCAUGGCUAUGUUAAAACAGACAGGGGAUAGCAAAAGAGCAAUGCAUGGAAUUUACCCAGGCUGCCCUUGGUGUAUGUUUUUAUUACUCCAACACAAAGUGAAAAGGCUUAGACAGAAGGUAAGGCUGGGAUGCAUUAAGCUCUCUCCUUUCAAAAUGAUCAGGAAUCAGCGUGAGAACACAUCUGAUUUUACAUGGUAUUUAAGUCUACUAUGGGGUAAUAAAUAAUGCAAAUGAGUAAAUCAGGAAAAAAAAAAUUAAAGAGCUGCUCUAUAAAACUAUUUUUGUUAGAAACUUGUGGCUUAUACUCACUAAUAAGAAAGUUUCAUUUUAAUUUUGAAGAGCAGCUCAGUGGGUGAAGCUCAAAGGCAAUCGAAAAACUAGCUGAAGUAGUACAACAUUAGUUCUCCCAGGCUGAGGUGUUGUAUAUUUGAUAACAUCAGAUGAGUUGAGGCUGGAGGUUUUGCUGCAAUUUGCGCUCAUACCGUUCUGUUACAGCAAAAUAUUCUUUGUGAGAAUUUUGCACUUUUGAAGAGGAACACUAUUAAGUAACCACUUGCUCUACAAAGCAACACUAACAUCUCAUAUCCUCAGCAGAUAACAUUCAGCCUAGGUAAAGCUCUCAUUUUAAUGCAUCCAUGGUGUUAAUUUGUGCCAAUAGUGACAAAAAAACCCCACCCAUCUGCUAUGCUCGCAGUGCUAUCUGAGUGUAGUAUAUCCACAGCCCUCUGAAGAGAACACUACUGACUCUGGUGAGCUUCACAAACAACCCAUUGGUUCAGAGAGUUCUGGUUUUUUGUUUUUAAGCAAAACACACUGGUGUCCUGAAACCUAAAAUAUUUUGCGAAGAAAUACUGGUUUCUGUCAAGUUUUGCUAGGAUUAAGGAAGAGAAGCAGAGCAGAUACUCCAGCUUGCUGCUUGCAGAAUCUCACAGCUGAGUUGAUGCUGCUGGCUGACCCUACAUAAAGGAAGCAUGUGCAGAAAUCUCUCUUCUCCUUGCCCCUGCCUUUUCUCUCUCACGCUCACCUCAAUCUACCGAGGCUUCAAUGUCACAUGGCUUCUCCUUUCUCAUGACACAGAUAGCAGACAAUCCCACACAUGUGAAAGCCAUUCCUCUCUAAGGAGAACUUCCAAGUAUUGUCACCUAUUACUUCAGGACAACAAAAAAUUAUGUUUUCCCAUUUAAACUCUUAAAUACAACAGAGGUAAACUCUACUCUUAUUCUUCUGCCUUUCCUCAUCCUGAGAAUAACUACUGUACUUCCCUUUGUACAGUUGAGAACACACAAACCCAGACCAUGUACGCACUGCAGCUGUGCUGGAAGAACCUGUUCCCAGAAGAAUGCAUUCUGAAGCAAGAGAAAAUGGCAGCACAAAACAUUACUAGAGCAGUUUGAUAAUGAUGUAAUUUUCUGUCGUGCUUCCUUCAACCAUAAAAAGUAUAUUUAGUAGCAAUGAAUGUAGGCUAUUCCUUCACAGCACAGCAUGGGAAUGAGAUAUGAACUUUUGGGAUUGGAAGUCUAUUAAGAUUUGCCUUGUAAGGUUGCAAGUUUUUACAUUUGCAGAGCCAUACUUACAUACACCAUUAGCUGCUUUCUUUCUCAGAGCACGUACUUGUCAACCAAUGCUUUUGAACAGUAGUUACUAUAUCCAGCACUCCUGUUCCAGCACACAGGUCAGAGCUGUGUGUUUGUUUCUCUUGUGGCAAACAUGUCAGUUUGGUUGGUUAGGUUUUUUUUUUAAGCCAGAGCAAAGGAUUAUUCAACACUGAAGAUGUCCAAAGCGAGAGGGAUAUCCUGUGUACGUGACUUCAUUUGUGUGUGUGUGACAACUAUCAGUAUUCCAGAUGCUGACAUUUUAGACAAGCCAGAUGAACAUCUGUCAUCUUAUUUAUAAAUCUGAGUAGCCUUAAGGAAAGAAAAUGUUUUUGAGUAUUUAUCAUACUUGCAUAUCCAGUAUUAUUCAUUGUUUACUUUUGUACUUGUAGCUUGGUAUGUAACAACAUUGCCAAAUACUGGCAACGUUCAGGUCAUCUUAAGUAUCUGAUGUAUUAUCGUAUUCGUGGAUUAAAAAUGUGUGAUUACUGCCCUUUUUUCUUUCAUUUGAUUUAUUUGUUCUACUACCCGAUGUAAACUGAAAUUAAACAAUAAGAGGAGGGAAUUUCUGUAA